AUGUUCGAAGGCGCUGAAACGGGUGACAUUCAAGCUGUCUGUACAGCAACAAAACGAACCUUCUUCCACGAAUACGUCUAUGCCGAGUCUUUACAGGCGAUGGUUCGGCACACUCAAACAAUGAAAACUGGCUCCAGUAUCAUUGAUAAAGAUGUGAAGCUAGGCCCCGUGUAG